AUGAGCAGCACUGUUCGUUGUGGAACAAUGUGGAAGCGGCCAAUAUGGAGAGUGUUCUGCGUACUGAUAGCAACUCUUGCCAGCCUUGUUCGCGAGUCUGACUGUCUCGAUCCUUACUUUUCCCCUCCUUCGCAAUCAUCUAUACCUGAUUUCCACCAUCGCACUGCUCAAAGCUUAAAUCAAGCCUUAUGGACGGACGUGAGCAAAGAAUCAUUCUAUGCCUAUGACGGUAGUGUCAGCGGUUCGAUUCCCUUCUCACAGCAGCCAGCACCACCAUCCAAUCAAUUGUGGCAAUUUACGCCCUCUGGUAACUCCGGUGCCUGGAGUCAAAUUUCACCACCAGCUUUGUCGAAUUUUUCGUCUCUCGUCCGUCGCACAAAUGGUAUUUACGCUUCUGGAGGUGAUUUAGGCUUUGCACUCGGUGGUUAUCAAAAUUCUGGAACCAAUACUGUGUAUCAAUCACUUGGGGACUAUUACGAGCCGCCAGGGCUGACCGUGUACAAUACGACGUCUCAGCAAUGGCUCAACGUUUCAUCGGCAGGCUAUAGCAACAACGGGGUGUGUUCAGAAGGGACAGCUCAUUUUGUCUCUAUGUUUGGCAGUGCCGGGCUUUUCCUAGUACUUGGAGGAAAGGUCGCGAACGGAGUUCUACCGGGUUUUGAUACCGUUUCCAUUUUCGAUCCCACAUCACAGCAGUGGGCAGUCCAAGAGGUUAGCGGAUCCAAGCCUGCUCCAGUCUUCUCCCACUGCGCUGUCGGCGUUGCUGGUGAUAAUGAUACAUACGAGAUAUUUCUAUUCGGUGGGAGAAGCAACGAUCUGACUUCCACAAUUUCUCAGGGGGCGGUCUUCGUUCUUUCUCUGCCAGCGUUCCACUGGGAAAAGCAAGACGUCAUCCCAGACACCGGACGAUACAUCCAUAGUUGUAAUGUCAUCGGAAAAAGGCAGAUGUUUGUGAUGGGAGGCAGAGUACUUAAUGCAAGUAGCAACGUCGAAUCCGUCGACAGCAUAGCAGAUCCCUGGGACAAGGGGAUUGGUGUGUUUGAUCUGACUGUGAUGGAGUGGAAAGACGGCUACGAUGCUGACGCACCAGCAUACACCACGCCUGAUACUAUCAAGGCCUGGUAUCAGAAGAAUGGACCUUAUCCUGUGUCCUGGUCGAACAGUCAAGUGCAGGAUUGGUUCACUAAAGCGAACACGACUGCAACUGUGCCACCAGCAGCAACCACGCAAAAGCCUCAUGGAUCUCUACUUGACGUGGGCUCUAUCGCAGGAAGCACAUUCGGAGGUGUUGUUGGCCUUGGGCUCUAUAUUGUGCUCCUGGUCUACAUCUACAGAAUCAACAGGCAGAAAAGGCAGCUCAGAGAAUCGAAUGCCUGCAACAGCUUAGCAACGCGCGGCGAGAAUCAGAUUGAGCAGGGGGAAUGGAGAUGA